AUGGACCAGAACGAAGACCAGAACCCGAAACCGGACCCGGUGGACACGGAAGUUCCGGAUGCUCCACCCGAGCUGGCUGGAGCUCGGGGUGAGGAGGCUGCAGCUGCGGAUGCUGCUGAUGCGACGGAGGCCGAAGUCAGCGAGGUGGUCCAGGAUGAGAAUCAGGAGAAGCAACCCAUGACCGCCGGGGGGGACCAACCCGGUUUCGCUUUGUCGGAGAAGAACGGUUGCGUGAAAGUCAAGUUAGAAGACGACGAGGACGAGAAGUUCACAGGGCUCAACAAGGAGGAGCUGAUGCGAGUGGCAGGCACACCAGGGUGGGUGCGUACCCGUUGGGCUUUGCUGGUUUUGUUCUGGCUGGGCUGGCUUGGCAUGCUCGGAGGCGCCGCGCUGCUCAUCGCACAAGCGCCACGCUGCCGAGAAUUGCCUGUCACCCACUGGUGGAACAAAGGGGCGCUCUACCGCAUCCCCAGCGUGCAGGCCUUCACCUACUCAGGAGACAUCGCAGGUGUGCGGCAAAAGGUGGACGCCUUGUACCAGCUGAAGUUUAAAGGUUUGGUCCUGGGGCCGGUCCACGUGGCCCCGCCCGAUGACGCCACAGCGCUGAGCUUUCAGGAGAUUGCUCCUGAAGCUGGAAGUCUGGAGCAGUUAAAGGAUCUUCUGGUAGUCGCACACAGGAAGGGGAUGUCUGUUGUUUUGGACCUGACACCGAACUACCUCGGCUCUAGCAGGUUCUGGUACUCCAACGCCAGCGUGACAGCGGUGGCCGAGAAACUGAAGUCUGCGUUAGUGUUCUGGUUCAGCGAGGGCGUGGACGGCGUUCAGCUAGCGGACGUGGAGUACGCGGCCGCCGUCGUGCCGUCGCUGUGGGAGGACAUCCGGGCCAUUGUCAGAAAUGGGACCAACGAACAACCUGCGAGGAGACUCCUGAUGGGCGUGAGUGAGCGCCGUUCGGCUGCGGGUGUCUCUGCCGUUCUGGCGUCCACCGGCGUGGACCUCCUGACGUCUGAGGUCCUCCUGGAUGACGACAUGGAGACGCUGGUCCAAUCCGUCCUGGAGUUGUACUCCGCUAACGGGCCGAUCGGGUUGGCCUGGAACCUGGGCGGGCGGAGUCAAGGUCACAUGGCCUCGCUUGUGAAACCAGAUUUGGUGCCGCUUUACCAGGUGUUGCUCUUCACGCUGCCUGGGACGCCCGUGCUGGAGUACGGCGACGAGAUCGGGCUGACGGAUGACGACAACAAGUUUCCAAAGAUGAUAUGGGACGACCCGGCGCAGAAAGAGGAGGAGAAGCUUAACGGCACCUUGAAGGAAGCCAUGGCCCGCCGUGCUUCUUCUCGUCUGUUGGUCCGCAGUCUGAGUGACCUACGCGCAAAAGAGCGCUCCCUGCUCUUCGGCGAUUUUGAUGUCAUCGCCAACUCGUCCAAAUCGCUGGUGUUCGUGCGCUCGUGGGACCGCAACGCUCGUUUCCUGGCCGCCUUCAACUGGGAGUCAGAGGAGGCUGGGCCCCUGGGCAGCCGGGGCCUCCCGCCGCUGGCCGAAGUGGUUGUCGCCACCGGCGGCACCCUCAAGGCAGGCGCCCACGUGGAACCCGCCAAGCUGCGUCUGGGCGCCGGGGAAGCGGUGCUGCUCAAGUUUCCCUAUGCUGGCUAG